GCGCCGGCUCACGCUGCAGGCGUACGGCGAGCGCUCUAUGACGGAGCUGGCGCGCGGGGCACGGCGGACGGCUAAUCUGCUCUCCACGUUAAUUGGGAUCGACGUUCGCUUUGCGUUCCGUUCUUUUAUGUGUCACAAAAGUGCUACACAUGCGUUCACAAGCUAGCGAGCUAGCGAGGUAACAAAAUGAAGUUGAAGGUUUGGUUCCAGCUGUCACGGGACCGGGCCGGAGACGGCAGCCGAAGGUGUUCUUCCGAGGUCCGUGAGCCCACGACACUGGGCGGGGAUGACCUCCUCCAAAGCGCUUGGCCUUCGAUCGGGGUCUUCGUCUUCCAUGCACCUCCCUACCUGUACGUAAUAAAAUCACGAAGACAACGCAGUUCUGAGCACGGCAGGAUACAAAACCCAUUCUGCGCGGGAUGGCCCUGCAUUUGCGCCAGGGCGACGGAGAUUAGAUGUGACUGUGAUCGGCCAGGGAAUUGCUUCAUCACUUCAAAUGUGGCGUUGCACCAUUACUCGACCGUGACAUUUACCUCUCGUCGUCCCACCGCAUGCACUGGCGGGCGCGCCUCGUCGCCGAGGGUUCAGCCGUGGCGCAUGCAGUCUCCACGCGCUGCUGGAGGCCAAGGUCCCCCGCGCAUUCCGGGUUCCAGGAUUAGGUCCCAACGCGGGUUUGUCCCUGCGUCGCCAGUGUUGGAUUUGCAGACUUGACCGCAGCGACUGCUCACACCCAAGACUUACAUGCAGCUGUGGGAUCCGUUGUCAUUGUCGCUCACUCGUUCUCAUUCUUAGUCGCUCGUCUUCACAGCUCG